AUGGUCCGAAUAUUAAAAUACGCCAAAGGUCACGUUGUGCUCUUUAUAAUAGUCACAUAUUUAGCUAUUCUGAAAUCAUAUAGAAAGGUACCAAUUAUAAGAAUCGAUCGUUUUCUGCCAGAUAUGAGAAAUAUUUUACUUUGGACGAAAAUACAUGGUUUAGAAGGCGAAGGUCAAAAAUAUUUUAUAGAUCAAAAGUGUGCAUUUAUCAACUGUUAUUUUACUACAAACAAAAGUCUAUUCGGUGAUUUGAGGUAUUUCGAUGUGAUUUUGUUCAAUUUACAAGAUGUUAGUGAAGGUGCGUAUAGCUUGCCUGAAUUACGAAGUGCGUCUCAGAAAUACAUUUUUGUGGCGAACGAUUCAUCUGAUAACUUUCCUGUGUGCAAUCCAGUCUUUGAUGUUUUUUUUAAUUGGACUUGGACUUAUAGAUUCGAUUCUACAAUAUCAUAUCGUUUCAUCACUAUUUACAACACAUACUAUGAAGAACUCGGCAGCCAUUUCCAAUGGAACUACAACAUGAAACCAAUAGAACCGUCAUUAAAAUCUCAAUUCGUAACUAAAAGUAAAGCAGCUGUGAUCUUUUUAGACAAAUGUAAGAGUAGAAGCAAGAGAGAAAAUUUGAUAAAAGAUCUUCAGAUUGAUUUAGCGAUGUAUAACCUUGACGUUGAUGUAUUUGGUUCGUGUGGUCCAAAACAGUGUAAGAGAAAAACAAUGAACCCUUGUUUCUGGAGGUUAAGAAAGACUUACUUCUUCUAUCUUGCAUUCGAAGACUCUUUUGAUUACGAUUAUAUAACCGAUAUUGUGUUGUAUGCUUAUAAUAACAACGCAGUACCGAUUGUUUAUGGUGGAGCUAGGUAUGAAAGCUAUCUUCCCCCAGGUUCUUAUAUAAACGCUCUAAACACGAGCACAAUGGCUUUAGCGACUUCUAUGCAUGAUAUUAUUAAGAAUAAAGAGAAAUAUUACGAUUUUUUCCGUUGGAAAAACCACUAUACCAUCAGCAAAUCGCCCGUAUUAAACGCGUGUGCCUUGUGCGAAAUUUUGAACAGUCCAGCGCGUCUUGUUCAAAAUGUUGUUAAUUCAAAGUUCAGAAUGCUGUCGCUGUGUACUUGUAAACAGUUCGCAAAGUUUAGAGGUUUUGACAUGGAAAUAGAGUCGUCCGUCCCGAUGCAAAUUACUGAAUAA